UCAGUAUGGCGGACGCCGAACAGUCCGAUGUUUCCUCUGUUUCUACCAUUGCUGUUACUGCUGCAGUUGGAGCAGUGAUAUUUCUUUUUGUUCUCUUAUGCAGCAUUGGAAGAAAGGAAAAGAAGGAAAACGAUAAGGAUGAAAAUGAUCAGCAGGUUAAGAAAAGUGAAAAGAUUAGUGAGAAAGGCUCGAAACGAAGUCGUGCCAAUGUUCGCAGCAAGAAGACCGCCCAUGUGCCCCUGAGUCACCCCUGGCUGUGCUGCACGCUGAAGGGCCAUGGAGCUAACAUUCUGUCUGCUGACUUCAGUCCAAACGGAAAAUAUUUUUUAACGGCAGCAGAAGAUAGAUCAUUAAUGCUUUGGAGUGUGAAGGAAUUUCCACAGAAAGAACACAAAUUUAUUCGAGGUACUGUAGAGUUGGAUCAUGCUACAAAAGUUUCUUUUAGUCCAGAUUCCAAGGCAUUUUUGACAUGUCUGUUCAAUGAGAACACGAUUCGAAUAUUCCGAAUAGGAAAGAAGGAAGACACAGGCAAUGUGACACUGGCAGCAUCUUUUGAUUUCCCAAAGCAGACCCACUCGGCGGAGAUCAUCAGUAUUGGUAUUUCUAGCAGUGGCAAGUUCAUCAUGACGUGUCACCGCGACACGCAGCUCAAUGUGUGGACCAUCAAGGGGGAACUACUGGCCGCCAUCGACACACAUCAGAUGAACAACUCGUAUGGCGCCGUGUCUCACUGCGGACGAUUUGUCGCUUCAUCAGGUUUCACUCCUGACAUCAAAGUCUGGGAGGUGGUGUUUGACAAGUCGGGCAACUUCAAAGAAGCUAAAAGAGCUUUUGAACUCAAAGGUCAUGGUGCUGGGGUCCAUAGCUUUAGUUUUAACAGUGAUUCUAGUCGUAUGGUUUCUGUAUCUAAAGAUGGGACAUGGAAAUACUGGAACACGGACGUGAAAUACGAGUAUGAUCAGGACCCGAAGCUGCUACUCACAGGCACGUUGAGUAACCCGUGUCUCAGGUUGAUAGUGUUGUCGCCCGACGCGCGCACCAUCGUUAUAGCCGGGGACACCACCAUCUCUGUAUGUAACGCCCUGACCGGCAAGGAGGAGGAGGUCAUAGAAAACGUUCAUUCAGAAUCCAUAUCAUCAUUAAUAUUUGACAUCAGUGGGAAAUACUUUGUUUCUAUGGGAGACAAGCAUGCACAAGUCUUUCACAAUAUCACCGGCUAUCGAGCGACGGUCGCCGACCUAGAAGAGAAAGAAAGGAAGUCACCAGGCGGGGCCAUGAAAGAGAGGCUUCGAGUCCAGAUACAGGAAGCCAGAUCUUCCUUAUCAGCCAUUAUGGAUGCAGCAACCAAUGGACACGCAGACAGCAAAUAAGCACUGACCAAUGAACACGCAGACAGCAAAUAAACACUGACCAAUGGGCAUGCAGACAGCAAAUAAACACUGACCAAUGGGCAUGCAGACAGCAAAUAAACACUGAUGGUGCUUACAUAAUUUAGAAUAACAAACAAAUCUAAUAACAUUAUGACAAGUUAAAAAAUACAAGUAUGUACAUAUAUAAAAAGUUCAGAAAAAUUUUCACAGUUAAAAUUUAAAACAAAAAACUAGGAAACAUCAGGGUAAAGUAAAUACAUAUAGUGUUUUGUAAAAUAUUAAUAUUUUGUUUUGUCUUUUAAUUGUCUUUUAAUUGCAGGGUUCUCUCAGGUAUUUGUUCAAAGUCAUAGACACCAGAAACCUGAGACAUUUACAUACAUGUACCGAUGCAGACAUUUUCUAUAGUAGCUACACUUGUUAUCUCAGUUACCCAGAACAUAUUACAGUUGUUCCACUUACGUGAAACACAUAGGAUAGACUGUUAGCAGACAUUUUCUAUAGUAGCUACACUUGUUAUCUCAGUUACCCAGAACAUAUUACAGUUGUUCCACUUACGUGAAACACAUAGGAUAGACUGUUAGCAGUCAUUUCCUUUUCUUGGCAAAUCAGGGGUCAAUUUCACAACACAUUGUAAGUUUACGUCUGCGACUAGCAGUUACACGGGGCAUACAUUUACACGUGUGUGGCAUCUAUUUGAGGGAGAAAAUUACAUCAUUACUUAAAAUGGAGCAUUUCAGCACAAAAGAAAACUAGAUUUCUUGUAGGUAAUACAAAUUGUGCUUUAGUCGUAGAUUUAUGUUACAUGCAACUCUAGACUUGCAAUGUUUUGUGAAUUGGUCCCUGGACUCCUUUUGUUUCAGUUGGAUUCAACUUGAUUUCUAGUCCUUGGUUAUAGCUCUCGCAGAUAUCUCUUGGAUAGUCCAGUAGUUAUAUUUGAUUUAUAAUGAAUCGUUUUGAUCUUUAAAAACUGGAACAGAUUUCUCCAUUUAGAAGCUGUUAGAGCCGUGACUGAUUGAUAAAUACAAAAUACAGUAUGCUCAUAUGGAAGUACUUAAUGUUCUUCUUUGAGGGCAUUGUUUACACAGGGGCCUAGCUUCCAUAAACGCAGGUACGCAGCUGGGAUUACAAAUAUAUUUGUUUAAUUAAAAUAUAUUGAGGGGGUGCAGCCAAUAGCAUUUUAUUCCAUUGCCGAAAACGUCUGCGUACCACCUGAAAAUCCCAAACUAGACCCCUGGUUUACAUCCAGUGUUCCUAGGAGUAGGUUACUCCUAGGAGGGUUAGCUCUUACAUUUCAGUUUUUUUUAAUUCAAAAAUAUUAUCUUUUUUUUUCUUUUUUUUUCUGCUAAUCUAUGUAAAGAUGAGCAAUUGGCUCCUUUAGUAAUUGACAUGAUGUGUAUUUCCUUGAUCAUAUUUUUGUAUGGUAUUCCUUUUAAUCAUGUGGUUAAAAGAGUAUUAUGAACUGUUAAGCUAUCUUAACAGAUUUAGUCUUAAUAAAUUCAACUGUGUGUCUUAAGAUUCACAUUUACACAACAGAGCCCUGUUACAUGAAGCGAUCUUAGCCCUAAGAUCACCUUAAGUGUUUAGCUACCCUAUAACUGUGACUUUGUGGAAUAUAGCCCUAAGAUCACCGUUAGUGAUUAGCUACCAUAUAACUAUGACUUUGUGGAAUAUAGCCCUAAGAUCACCUUAAGUGCUUAGCUACCUUAUAACUAUGACUUUGUGGAAUAUAGCCCUAAGACGAUUAGCUACCUUAUAACUGUGACUUUGUGGAAUAUAGCCCUAAGAUCACCGUAAGUGAUUAGCUACCUUAUAACUGUGACUUUGUGGAAUAUAGCCCUAAGAUCACCGUAAGUGCUUAGCUACCUUAUAACUGUGACUUCGUGGAAUAUAGCCCUAAGAUCACCGUUAGUGCUUAGCUACCUUAUAACUGUGACUUUGUGGAAUAUAACCCUAAGAUCACCAUAAGUGCUUAGCUACCUUAUAACUGUGACUUUGUGGAAUAUAGCCCUAAGAUCACCGUAAGUGAUUAGCUACCAUAUAACUGUGACUUUGUGGAAUAUAGCCCUAAGAUCACCUUAAGUGAUUAGCUACCCUAUAACUCUGACUUUUUGGAAUAUAGCCCUAAGAUCACCUUAAGUGCUUAGCUACCUUAUAACUGACUUUGUGGAAUAUAGCCCUAAGACGAUUAGCUACCUUAUAACUGUGACUUUGUGGAAUAUAGCCCUAAGAUCACCUUAAGUGAUUAGCUACCUUAUAACUAUGACUUUGUGGAAUAUAGCCCUAAGACGAUUAGCUACCUUAUAACUGUGACUUCGUGGAAUAUAGCCCUAAGAUCACCGUUAGUGCUUAGCUACCUUAUAACUGUGACUUCGUGGAAUAUAGCCCUAAGAUCA